AUGCUAUGUAAACCGUUCGUACUGCUGCUAACCGUGUUCGCGUGUAGUGAGUGCGCGCUCAUUUACUCUAGUUUCUGGGCACCUCUGUUCGACCGAAGGAUCCUCAACUAUCGAGUGGAGGUACCUUUUGAGCCAAGCGCGGGGACAUUUGCUCGCCAACGAUACGCAAAAGAGUAUGGCUACAGAGGGGAGAAAUUUAUUGCCGAUUUAGGCAACGGCAAAGGUCCUAGGAACAGCAAUAAUGAGCAGCAGGAAUAUGGAGAUGUGAAGUUGUACUACACUUGA